AUGGCUUCUUCUUCGUUCUCGUUUUUUCAGAUCUUGUCAGCAACCACCACCCUUCUUUUGUUGCUGGAAGCCCACCAGGCAAGCAGCUGCUUCUCCGCCAUAUUUAGCUUCGGCGACUCGCUGCAGGACACUGGCAACUUCGCGCACACCUUCUUCAACACUGCCAUCUCAAAUCGGCCGUAUGGAACCACCUACUUCCACAAGGCCACCGGUCGCUACUGCGACGGCAGAGUCAUCCUAGAUUUCAUCGCGGAAAGUCUUGGGUUGCCGUUUGUGCCGCCCUUCCUUGCCGGAGGAGACUUCUCCAAGGGAGCGAAUUUUGCCUUCGGAGGGGCGGUCGCAGUGAAAAGCAACCCGAACUGGAACCAUACUUUGCCCGAUCAAAUUGAAUGGUUCAAAAAAUUUGUCCAAACAGAUCCAUUAUUCAGAGACCCCAACUUCUUGGCCAAUUCGUUGAUCAUGAUGGGGGAGAUUGGUGGCAAUGACUACAACUCAGGACUCAGCAAGAGACUGCCUUAUAAUCAACUCAUUCAAAUUGUGCCCCCCGUUGUUCAAGCCAUAGGCUCUGCCAUCACUACUUUGAUUGGACUAGGCGCGAAAACCUUUGUCGUCCCUGGUAACCUACCGAUCGGUUGCAUCCCUGCAUGGCUAGGGCAGUAUCGCAGUAACAAGCCAAGCGACUACGACAAGAAUGGCUGCCUUAUAUGGCUGAACAAUUUCUCUGAGUAUCAAAAUAACCACUUGCAAACUGAACUAGACAGACUUAAAGGACAAUUUCCCCAUGUCACCAUCGCUUAUGCAGAUUACCUCAACUCUGGCAUCAGGAUGUUCUCCAACCAAGCCCAAUUUGGUAUCACUGUGCCAUUUACUGGUUGCUGUGGAGGAAAUGGGUAUCCGUGCAACGCGACUGGACCAAUAAUUUUCCAGCGGGUGCCAGCGAGCGCCAACGGCCGCCAGUGGGCACCAGCGACCGCCAACAGCCGCCAGCUGCCUGCUGGCGAUUGUACCUACCAUCGUCGGCUGGCAGCUGGCUGCUGGAGGCUGUGUCGGCCGCCAGUUGGAGGUUGUGCUGGCCGCCAGCAGCUGGCGGCCGUGUCGGUCAUCGUCGGCCUGUCUAAUUGUGUCGCCCGCCAACAGGUUGUGCUGGCUGCCAUGAGCAACUUAUCAUUUAUUGUGAUAAUUUUUUAG